AUGUCCCCUUUCUUGAUCGACCCGGCCCUCCGCAUCCGCCGGGCCAUCCAUGCCAACGAUCCGCUCCUCGCCCAGCGCAUCCUCAAAUCCCACCCCAACAUGCUGCACAACCCCGACACCUCGCCGCGCGGGUUGUCAAACUCCAACCUGCACCUGGCAGCGUCCCUCGGCCACACCGAGGUGGGCUUCAUCGACUCGGUUCUUGCCCUGGCGGAGCACAACCCGGCGUCCAUCCCGCGUCGGGAUGCCCGCGGCCGGGACGCCAUCAUGGAGGCGAGCCUGGGCGGGCACGAUACCGUUUUGCAGAUCCUGCUGACGUGGGAUCCGGAGGGCGCGGCGGCGGCCGUCUCCCGGGCGGACGCCGACGGCAACACGGCGCUGCACUUUGCCAGCAGCAACGGGAAUCUGCUCGUCCUGAGAACCUUGCUGGCUGCUGGGGCGGAUCCGGACCGGAGGAACGUGUGGAACUGGACGGCGAUCAGCUACAGCGCGACUGUCGCGGCUGAGGUGUACCUCAAGGGCCUUGUGGCGGAGGCGCAGAGGAAGAAGCUUGCGCAGAGAGAGAGUGAAAAGGCCGGCGGGGUAAGGGUCGUGGAUCAACCAGAGGCCUAA